UUCAAUGGCCUCGGCUCGACUUUGAACAUAACAAUUGGUAAUCUGGACUUCAAUGGUGUGGGUGCUUCCAACAUGUCCAAGUAUUUGGCAGUACCGCACGGGAAUGCACAGUUCCUGAUCGAGAACAACACAGGAGGCCAGUGCAUCUACAACCAGCAACUUGGCUUCGGCAGCUCUUACACCUUGGUCAUCCCACCCACUUUCACAUUUGGACCAAAUUGUCACCUGGAUAUCCGUCAAGUGAAUGACAUCCGACCAAACUCGGUCCACAUGGCCUGGCAGAUUCCUCAGUACUUCCUCAUCACGGCAGGAGAAGUGGUCUUUUCUGUGACGGGCCUGGAAUUCUCCUACUCGCAGGUAUUCUUUGCAUGCAUUCGACAGCGGUCAACCUCCAAUCCUUUUGGAUUUUAAAUGCCGUAUUUUAUGGCGCACCGUAUUAAAAGGCGUGGUGUUCGUUAUGGGUGCUGUUUCUGUAUUAAACAUGCACAAGACGCAUG